AUGAUAGACAUGGUGUCUGCCGUUGAAGAGCUUAGUGGGUUAACCUCUAAAGAACUUGGGGAGAUGCUGAAGGAGUCAGACAACUUUGUUUUGCAGUCCAAGACAGAAGACGGAGGUCCAAAGCAGGUGGACAUGGAAAAACUUGUGUCCUCGCUUCCUCUUCAUCUCCUUGCUGUAUGUUUGGAGCUUGGGCAAGGCCCGGACUUGACUUAUGUGCUUCGUGGCAUGCGCUUUUUGCAUAGUUUGUCUGAUCUAGCAUCCCGCCAUACUAGACUGGAGCAGGUUCUUCUUGAUGAUGUCAAAUUAUCCGAACAAGUCAUGGACCUGAUAUUCUUCCUACUUUCUAUUCUUGCUGAACAGAAGAAGGAGAAUAAUGUCGGCGCUUCUCCGCUUGUGCAUGCGUCACUUGUAGCAGCUAGUCUUCAUCUGUUGACAAGUUACUUCUCUUCCCAGUGGCAUGAACUUGUCCAUAUUCUGCUUGCACAUCCAAAGGUUGAUAUCUUUAUGGAUGUGGCCUUUGAUAGUUUGCAUGAAGAUGUGAGGCUGUUAAAUAUCAGAUUAUCAUCAAUGGGCUCCGGUUCCUUUCAUGUUGGUUCUUUGGAAUCUCGUCGUGCUCACUUCAUCUGCCAACAGUGUGAAGCAUCACUGCAAUUUCUCUUGUUGUUGUGCCAGCAAAAGCUGUUUCGAGAUCGGAUUUUAAAAAAUAAGGAACUCUCUAGAAAUGGAGGCAUACUGUCACUUUCUCACACUAUACUGAAGUUAGUUGUCCCUGAAUGUUUGAAGCAAUCAACCGAUCUUGUUGCUUCUAUUUCCAGGCUCAAGGCAAAGAUACUUUCUAUUCUGUUGCAACUUUGUGAGGCUGAAAGUGUCUCUUACCUCGAUGAAGUUGCCACUAACCCAAACAGCAGGCGGCUAGGGCAAACCUUGGCUCUAAAGGUUCUUAAUUUGCUGAAGAUUGCAUUUGGAAGAAAACAAAACAUAACUUCUGAUUCUCAUGAUAAGGGUAAGAUUUACCCCAUGGGAUCUGUGCUUAUCAGUGCAUUGCGUCUUGUUGAUGUCUUCUCUGAUGAUUCAAACUUCAGAUCUUCCUUUAUGACUAACACUGUCCCGUUUUUAACCCAGAUUUUAGCAACUCCUCAUGAGGAAUUUGUUUCAAGUUGGUGCUCUGUCAACGUACCAGCAAUUGAGGAAGAUGCAAGUCUAGAUUAUGAUCCUUUUGGUGCAUCUGAGGUGGCACUGUUAGCUUCUGAUAAUGUGUUGACUGAAGCUAAAGCUAACUAUUCAUGCCCUUUUCGCCCUAGCCUGCCUUCAAUGGCAUAUGCACAGACAAGAACAUCAUGUGUAGUGAAAAUAAUAGCGAAUUUGCAUAUUUUUGUUCCAAACAUUUGUGAAGAGCAAGAAAGGGAUCUUUUCCUUCUGAACUUUCAAAAGUACUUGGUGUCUGGGAGUCCUAAACUAUCAGCAGACGAGCCAGCUUCUAGUGAUUUCAAGGCCACUAAAGUCUGUAGAAACUUAGGAUCUUUGUCUGAUUAUGCUAAAACAUUGGUUCCGAAUUUGUUAAAUGUGGAAGACGUGGUGUUAUUAAGUGAUUUUUCUGAUAAGCUACAAUCUUGGUGUAAAUCACAAGUUGAGCAAGUUGCAGUAAAGGUGGGACAAAAUGAUACUCCACCAGAAAGCACGGAGGACAUUCACCCAGUGCAGCAGCCCUUGCUAACACGGACAAGCACUCCGGACUCCAAAAUGAAUAACCUUCCAAAGGAUGUGCAGAACAUGGAAGUGUCUACACCAAUACCCCCAAUAAAUCCAGAGGGAAAUGACAAGGACGGGACUCCAAAGAACACUGUCUCUAGAAAUGGUGGUUUCCUGCAGAAUGCAGUUGGUCAAAACCUAGUCCAUCUUGGCGUUGCAAGAACAGUCAGCGGUGGCUCUUCGGUUGUCGCUUCCGGUGUUAGCACUGGACACCAGCGCAGCAAAAUGGAUCUUGAUCCAGCAUCCAGCAGUGUGGAUAAUUUCAAAACACCAGAACUCACAAAAGAAAAUGGUCUCCAGGAGGAUGAGAAAGGAGAGAGUAGUAUGUAUGAUGAGAGGCAACCUAAGAGAAGGAAGCGGACCCUUAUGAAUAAUGAGCAAAUAGAUGAAUUAGAGAAGGCUCUAGUAGAUGAGCCUGAGAUGCACAAGAACGCUGUUCUAUUGCAGAGUUGGUCAGAGAAGUUAAGUCUGCAGGGCCCAGAGAUCACAGCAUCACAACUUAAAAACUGGUUGAACAAUCGGAAAGCUAAGCUUGCUCGCAUUGCAAAAGAAAGAGGACCAUUUGAGGGGGAGAAUGCUGAUAAGCCAUCUACACCAGCCACUAUCCAUCUUGGCGAGUCUUCCGAGAGUGCUGGGGAGGACAACUACCUACCCCCUGCGAGGGUGAUGAACGCUCUAUCCAAAGGCAGACUGGUGAGCCCGGACAGCAAUGAGCAAACAUCGCAGUUAGAGUUAUCCCCGAACACGAUGCUGAUCCGCCCAUUCACGAGAUCCUUCUCACUGGAGCCUGGCCGCCUCGUCUCGCUAGUUGACAGCGACGGGAAGGAGGUUGGCAGGGGCAAGGUCUUCCAAACGCCAGGGAAGAGCCCGGCGGAGAGCCGCGUCUGCAUGGUCGACGUCACUGAGCUCAGGACCGAGAAGUGGAGGGAGCUCCCACACCCUUCUCAGGCAUCUGGGAGGACGUUCCAGGAGGCAGAGGCGAGGAAUGGUGGCAUCAUGAGGGUCUCUUGGGACGUCGUCAGGCUGUCGCCUGCAGUGUAG